UAUUGACUAAAUCAAUUAAAGAUUUUUAAUCUUAAAAACUUUAUGGCGGAAUACUUGGCAUUGCCCUGUUACGACGGCACUAUCGUGAAAUGUUCAAACAACGAGUCGUGUCUUCAUGCAGUGACUGUGAGAAAAGAGCUGGAAACGUUUGGUUUAACAACUACUAAUUAUGAAAUUAACCCAAGACAACCUGGUUAUUCUGUAGCCUUAUUGAGUAUUGUUAAAGAUUCAAAGUUUGUUUUGGUGUUUUACUGUACUCAUCUGAAAUCAUCUCUGGAGAGAAUACUCAAGAAAGAUCUUAUAUCAUUCCAUAGUAAAGUUAUCAUUAUAGCAAAGUCAACAGAUCGUCUCAGAAAAUUGACAGAUUUUACGCGUUUUACAGUGUUUGAAAGCAACAAAAUAAUACAACAUAUUCAACAAAUAGUAGAUAUGACAGAUCAAGAUAGGUACCCUUCUAUAGACCAGCUGGUAGACUAUCCCUUACUUCCAAAAAGACAGAAAAAGCCGUAUACUGAACAGACAAAUGUCAAACAACUAGACACAGCACCUACUCAAGAUAACUUCGAAUUUACAACCAAUAUUGUACCUAGUGGCUUUAUACAUGCAGAAACAUUUGAUACUAGCGAUACAGGAAACAGAGGAACACACGUGCUACGCUCAUCAUGUAUACCUAAAGUUUCAGUUGUGUCAUCAGUAAAUGAAAUUAAACGUCGCUUCAAUGGUGCAACAGAAGACGGAAGAGAAGACCUUUCCAAACAAAUUAUGUCCAGCACUAUCAAAGAUUUAAUUAAAAACGGCGAUUUUCUUGGGAUGAUAAAUCUUUUAGAUAUUGAUGAUCGAAGGAUUCAGACGAGUGUUUUCAGUGCAAUUGAUACAUACCAGUUACAAACUAGUUUAUACAGUAGAUGUAUCAGAGGUACUGAUAUGUUGAAGGGAGCAAAACAUUUAUUUGAGUUAUGUAGAAAAUGGUCUGCAAAUCAAUUUGCUAUGGUUAGUUUAUUACCAUUAACCUUAGAUACAACUGCUGUUUUGUAUCUGUCAUCCUGUGUUAGUGGUUUAGCACAGUCAAACUUGGGCCCAGCAAUACAGAUAUUUACAGAAAAUUCAUUACCUCUCGUGAAUAAAAUUAUUUCAGACAGUACUCUCUCAGCAGGUUCAAGUCACUGUCAAUAUAUGCUACUUUCUCUCCGAAAAAUGAUGGAUAAUCUGAAAUGUAUAGGCACGAAUCCAAGCCCACUACAAAUGGGGAACUUUAGAGAUGCUCUAAUGAAUGAAAGCAACCGUGAUGAACUGAAAACUAAAUUCGCUAAAUCAAUGACAUACUUGGAACAGUACUCCUUACUUAUGGUUGUCAUUAAUCAGAUUAUGUUGAAGUCUGAGUUGCAGAUUGUUGCUUUCUUGUCUGAUUUGGCAUUAAUUUUGGUUGACAAAGUGUCUAAGAAAUCUAUGCAGACUAUUUAUCCUCAGUUGUUGCUGAUGACCAAAGGUGUUGUACAACGCUUAUGUAAAGGUUCACAUUUGCCAAGAACAACGGCCGAAUAUCAGAUGAAGUUGUGUAGGAUUUCAAAUUUAUUCAUCGAUAACACAAAGAUCAGUCAAAUGGACAGACUUCAUAUUCUUAAUAUCACUGAACCACUACUCUUCAAAGAAUCAAAAGACAUUGUGCAGAACAUUGUAUAUCUAUAUUCAAAGAAUAAGCACUUGUCCAAAGAUAUCAGAGAAAAGGUCAGCAAACAUAUUGUCCACCAGUUAUCGGUAAUAAACUUCAAAAUAGACGGAGUUAUCCAUCAGUCAGCCAAUGUGGGAUUAGAACCGUCAUGGGUAAAGUUUGCAGGGACAGUAUCUGAAGAAAAAAAUGUUGUUCUGCAUGCUCUGAUUCCUACACUUCAUUGUAUAAGUGAAGGUAGCAUGAAAGACUACAAAUAUAAAGCAAACAAGGGUGAAACCAGAAAACAUUUGAAUACUCUUGAUAUUCUUAGACAUCUACAAGAUGAAAAGAUUCAUCAUAAUUUGAUUCAACUAAUUGCGUUUCAAUGUAGACCUCUACCAAUAUUCUAUAUAACAGAUCAGUCAAUAGAUUAUGACUUAAACGCACAUCUUUUAGAUGCAAGAAAAGUAUUCAGAUGGAUUUCCUACAGAGAAUUAACAACUAUGGUAGCAGAUGCUGUAAAUGCUGUAGGAUAUCUCCACAACAAGGAUGUUAUUCAUCGGAAUGUGACAACAUUUGCCUUUAGCUUAAGGAAAAAUAAUGUUGUUUUGCAUGAUUUCAGCGUGUCAAAGGUUUUGGGAAAUAAUACUGGAUUUAUAUCAGAUUUAGAAAACACUGACAUACCUGUUCUAUGGUCAGCUCCCGAGAGUAUUUUAGAGGACCACUAUGAUACUAAAACGGACACAUGGAUGAUCGGACAGUUUAUUUAUGAAGUGUUCACCCAUGGUUGCCAUCCUUACACUGAAGUGUACGGAACUCCAACUGAACAGCUGUUAGAAUAUAUUGUUUUUCAAGAUUUAAAGCCCCAGAAAUGGCCAUGCAUCCCAAAAGAUAUACAUGCUAUCAUAAUAGGAUGUUGUAUGACGAACCCUGAGGACCGUAUAGAUAUACAUAGGAUUGGAAAAUUACUUAACAGUAUACUAAUUUCUCUAAACGGAGGACGACGUAAUCUGGUAUCGCAUAUAUUUGAAGAAGACAAAAAAUACCCUGAAUUAGAUCUUCAGCAUGAUGUACCUGAAAGGGGACUGCCUUCCUUAUUCAAACAGCUUAAACAGAAUAACACACAGGACAGACAUGUUAUAAGGAAAUCAUAUUACAACUUAAGAAAAUCACAAAGACGCAUGAUCAACACUUUUCAAAUUACACAAGCCGAUAUAAAGUCACCAGACCAACCUAUCACGCAGGCAAAGCACAAUUUUAUUGCCGUUUGUGAACCGGUGACUGUCGAUUUUAUCCAGUCUUUACCUCAUCUCGACAAACAGACGUGUACAGUGGUACUACAAAUGUUAGAUUCUCCAAGUAGAGAGGAAAGACGAAAUAUACAUGGGAAUUAUCAAUACUUACUGAAAUACAAGCUUCAUAAAAGUACAAAUCUGUUAGAACUAGCGUUCAAACGUUUUUAUGGUGCUCCUGAAGAACAUGGAUAUGGAUACCUGAAGAUAGUACACAAUCUAGUCAAGUUCAUUGGUGAGAUGCAUAAGCGUAACUGGAUACUCAGAGAUCUGUGUGCUGAUAAUAUCUUCGUAUUGGAUACAAAUCAGGAGAUAACUAUGCCACGACUUGGUCGAAUGUUGUGGUUUGAUUCAAAUGGCGUCUUGGAUGAUUGUAUCAUUGAUGAAGUCAAAGUGGACAGGAGACGCUGGUUACCAAUUGAGGUUAUUCAAAAUGGUCAAUACUCAAAGGAAGGUGAUAUCUAUAUGCUGGCAAUGGUAAUAUAUGAACUUUACAUGGCGCUUGAUGUUCAUCACCACGACACAAUGGAUAGUGAGUUAGCAUGUGCACCGUUUGCAAAAGUUUCCAUUUCUGAGUUACUGAAGACGCUUUACAGUGGAGAAGUCCCGAUGCAGCCAGACGUUUGUCCUGAUUGGUUGUAUGACAUUAUGAAGCUUUGUUGGAAUAGAGACAGAACACGCAGACCAACUACUGAUCAUAUUCUAAAAGAAAUUAGUAGAAACAUGGAGAUUAGGAGAAACAUGGAGUCGUCAAGACAAGAGGUGGAAAACCAAUCCGACCAAGAAAUGUACGCUGUGGUAGAGGAUUAUGAACCUUUAAAUGUCACUUACAGUAUCGAUAGUGAUAACUAUGACAGCCUUGGCAAUGGAAGGGUCGAAAAUUGUAAUCCUCCAAUGAGAUCAAAAAGUUCUUGUCCGUUAAUUACAAUUCCAAAAUGUGGACAAAAUAACCCUUUUGGUGUAUGUAGACCACUACCCUAUAGUCCCGAAUCUAGUACAAGUUCUCUAACUCAUCAAUCAACCAAAGACAAUUUACAGUUUUCAUGUGUCAAUAGCGACACAGAAUCAGAAUGGAGUGCGUUUAAACAUCAUAAUUUGCAAAAUCAUCAUCAAGCAUCAGAAUAUUCUAUAAGUUCAUCCUCCAGCAAUGGUUUUAGACGCGUAAAUAGCAUUUCAUCAGAAAGUCAAAAUGGCUACAUGAACGAAUAUCAAUUUACGGAUGCAAAAUCAAAAACUACAGAUCAAACGACCAAAGGUGUUCUAUUUCAUGCGAAUAACACCUCGAAAAAUGAAGCUUCGGCCAGUAACAUUAAUGGGGAUGAUGUUGCUUUCAAAGAAGAUGCCAAACCCAUCAAUGAAGGCUUGAAUCAAGUAUUUAAGGAAGAUCGUUUAAACGGUAGCGAUUCGUCUGAAGCAAGUAGUAGUUAUUUCCGUACUGAUGUACCUAGCCAGUCACCAAUAAAAGCACCUCUAGUGAACUCACAAAAAACAGAAGCUUGUAAACUUAUAAAUUUCACUUCCAAACAAUCUCCAACACCAUGUGAAAUAAGGCCAACAGACAAGCAAGGCAUUGAACAGAGUUCGUCUUUUUCUUGCAUAAGCAGUCAUUUAAUGACAUUAGCAAAGUCCAAUGAAGAAAAUACUUAUCAUAAAUCAAAAUCCCAACGGGGCAAAGCAGGAGACGACGAUACAUUGAGCGAUUUUUCAAGAGAAAGUAGCACGUACUUUUAUGUACACACUCCAACAGUUAAUGCUGUUGAUGAAGGCACCGCAAGUGAGUCAUAUGAAGAUUUCGAAUAUGCUACAAAUGGAGAAUUAUUUAAACCACCUGCAGACGACGAUUAUUUGACUGUUGUGUAUGCACAAAUAUAG